AUGGCGAAACCCCGGCGCGGAGUCAAAUUCAAUCACCGGAAUGGUUCAAGUACGAGCCUAGACGGCGGCCGGCGGAGCAGCUUCUCAGACAUCAGUGAAGCCGCAUCAGAACCAGGCUCUCCGCGGCUAGGAAAGCAGAAUGGCUCUGCGGCAGAAGCUCGAAAUCAACCCUCCGAGUACGAGAAGAAGAAGCAGACCUUCAUGACACGAAUGCUAUGGACCUUUGUUAUGAUCGGCGGUUUUUUCGCGGCCAUGUUUAUGGGACACAUCUACAUCAUCAUUAUCGUUACCGCCAUACAGAUCAUAUCCUUCAAGGAGGUGAUUGCGAUAGCCAAUGUGCCCAGUCGUGCCCGAAGAUUACGGUUUACCAAGUCCCUGAAUUGGUACUUUUUGGCAACAACCAUGUACUUCCUCUACGGCGAGAGCGUCAUUUAUUAUUUCAAGCACAUUGUGUUGGUUGACAAGGUGCUUUCGCCAUUUGCGACCCACCACCGGUUUCUCAGCUUUAUGCUGUAUGUCAUUGGCUUUGUGUUCUUCGUUGCAUCCUUACAAGCAGGGCAUUACCGUUUCCAAUUUACGCAAUUCGCAUGGACCCACAUGGCCCUAUACCUCAUUGUUGUCCAGGCCCAUUUUAUUAUGAACAAUGUGUUUGAGGGCAUGAUCUGGUUCUUCCUCCCAGUCUGCCUCGUUGUCUCCAACGACAUAUUCGCCUACAUUGUUGGUAUAACGUUCGGGAAAACACAACUAAUAAAGCUGUCCCCGAAAAAGACCGUGGAAGGGUUCUUUGGUGCAUGGAUUUUUACGCUUAUAUUCGGGUUCGGCUUGACCAAUAUUCUGAUGCGGUACAAGUACUUCAUUUGCCCCGUCAAUGAUCUUGGUGCGAAUAUCUUCACUGGUCUAGAGUGUACACCGAACCCCGUUUUCGUGCCCCACACGUAUCAGCUACCGAUAUGGUUCCCAUUUAUCAAAUCAUUCGAAAUGGCGCCCAUGCAAUUCCAUAUUUUCAUGUUCGCUACCUUCGCCUCCCUCAUCGCGCCAUUUGGCGGCUUCUUUGCCUCUGGCCUCAAGCGAACUUUCAAGAUCAAGGAUUUCGGAGACUCCAUUCCCGGCCAUGGUGGCAUCACCGACCGCAUGGAUUGCCAGUUCAUUAUGGGCCUCUUCGCAUAUAUGUACUAUCAUAGCUUCAUUGCCAUGCAUAAAGUCUCUCUUGGAGGCGUCAUCGAGACGGCUAUCACGGGACUUACCCCAGAAGAGCAAAUGGAAUUAGUCAAGGGCAUCAGCAAACAUCUUGUCAACCAAGGUGCAAUUGCCGAAAAGGUGCUGAGUUGUCUGGAUGUUGCCGUUCGAAGGAGAUGA